AUGACGAGGAGUGGUAAAACCACGGGACUUGACAAAUCGGACUCACCACCGAUCACAGAGACGGUCCAAACUACCGCUUCGGACGAGGUGCACGCUAGGCGAGUCCCAGCAAGUACAACACAGUUCCAAGAGCCAGUUAAAGAUUUCAUUCCUCCUAUUCCAUAUCCGAGCAGACUGAAGAAGCAGAAGAACGAUGAACAACAUGGUAAGUUUUUAGAGAUGUUUAAACAAUUACACAUAAACAUACCAUUUGUUGAGGCGUUGGCUCAAAUGCCUAAAUACGCAAGCUCUCGUUUCCAAGGCACUAUUGAAGAAAUUGAUACGGACACACAUCUGUUGUGUGAGAACCAAAAUGGCGUUUCGCAGGAGGGCCACAAAGAUGAGCAGCCGGUUUGCCAAAUCGGUAAUGAUGGUUCCCAAGGUCCAGAUCAAUUUGUGGAGAUUGACCGUGAAAUUGAAGAAAAAUCAAAACCGUCGGUUGAAGAUCCACCGUCUUUGGAGUUAAAAGAACUCCCACCGCAUCUCGAAUAUGCAUUUCUAGACGAGGAGCGUCGCUUGCCAGUUAUCAUUUCAGCAUCUUUAGCAAAAGAGGAAAAGAGACAGCUUCUCGAAGUUCUAACGCUCCACAAGAAAGCCAUGGCAUGGAAGAUUAUGGAUAUCAAAGGCAUUAAUCCUUCUUUUUGUACUCGUAAGAUUCUAAUGGAAGACGAUUACAAACCUAGUGCACAGCAUCAAAGGCGUUUGAAUCAGAAUAUGCAAGACGUGGUGAAGAAAGAAGUAAUUAAGUUGUUAAAUUCAGGGCUGAUUUAUCCUAUAUCUGAUUCUGUUUGGGUGAGUCCAGUGCAAGUAGUACCCAAGAAAGGUGGUAUUACUGUAGUUCCAAACGAUAGAAAUGAACUUAAUCCUACCCGUACCGUCACCGGAUGGCGAGUUUGCAUCGAUUACCGCAAACUCAACGAUGACACCCAUAAGGACCACUUCCUGCUUCCAUUCAUCGACCAAAUGUUGGAACGUCUGUCGAUGAAGUCAUUUUUCUGUAUUCUGGAUGGGUUCUCUGGAUAUUUUCAAAUUCCUAUCGCUCCUGUGGAUCAGGAGAAGACUACUUUCACAUGUCCUUUCGACACAUUCUCCUACCGGCGUAUGCCUUUUGGGCUGUGUAAUGCGCCAGUCACAUUUUGUCACACCCCUUUCUAA